AUGUUCAACACAACACGUGUCAGUGUACUAAGGGGCCAAAAGUAUGCCAGGAAAAUCGCCCACCUGGACAUGCAGCUGUAUCAAGAUUUCUACACCGUCUGGGUUUUUCUGAUGGUGUUUAACUCUCUGAUGCUGGUGGUUGGGGUGGUCCUCAACGGCCUGGCUCUCUACGUUUUCUGCGGUGCCUCUGCACACUCUUCAGCCUCCGUGGUUUACACCAUAAACCUGGCCGUGGCUGACCUGCUGGUGGCUCUGUCGCUGCCAGCUCGCAUCGCUCUGUACCACAGUGGAGGGAGCUGUGUGGCCUGCUCAUACGUCCACACCUUCAGCUACUUUGUCAAUAUGUACUGUAGUAUCCUGUUUCUGACCAGCAUCUGUAUCGAUCGGUACCUCGCUGUCGUCCACGCAUCCAGUACCCUUCAUCGAUGGAGGACCAUAGGAGCGGCCAGGUGUGUCAGUGCCACUGUGUGGUUCAUUGCAGUCGUGGUCACCUACUCUUUUCAGACCACAGCUUUGGAGUUCAGUUCCUCCUGCAUGGUCCUCCCUGCCCUCUUCUAUCUCACCAUCCUGGAGUUUCUCCUCCCCCUGCUCGCCGUGUUGGUCUUCACUCUGCGCGUCACCUGUUUUCUCUCCUCCAGCCACAGCGGGAUGCCCCACCAGAGCAGGGUGAGGAGGACUCGUGCCAUCAGGCUUUUGGCCACCGUCCUGGUGGUCUUCACUGUGUGUUUCACACCCUUCCACGUCCGCCAGGUGCUGGUUUACUUCCAGUUCAGAGUGGCGGGGGAGGCGCCUGGGCAAGGGGCGAGGGAUGUGCUUGCCUAUCACAUCACCGUGACCUUGAGCAGCCUGAACAGCUGCCUGGAUCCAGUGGUUUACUGCUUUGUGACGGAUAGCUUCAAGAGAAUGUGGAGGACCAGGAGAAGGGGAGGCAGAGAGGAGGACGGGGAGGUGGGGUUUACAAGUGGCAUCGAAGGGGAGAGGAAUUCGGUGAAUAAAUGCUCGGGUACGGCACUGGCGAUAGCUCAGAGCAUAGCCACGCUAACGCUCACAAGCGCACCCCUCUCUACAGCCAGCGCUCACCACUCUGAUUGGACAGGCGGCCAUGUUUAAGGAAACCAGUGAUGGCACAGUUCAGAGAGACAGCUGGAGACAGUGACACAUGUCGAGUUUGUUUUGCUGUGAAACCAAUGAACUUACACUGCUUCAAGUUUCAAAAGCUGCUGGAUUACACACAGAAAAAAAAAAACUAUGUAUGUGGGGAGUUGAUGUUUGGCUUGUGUUCCAGUGGCACCUCAUCAAAGUUUGUGAUGUAAAAAUUCAGA